GGCGGGGCUCUGCGUGGCCGGGGCGGGCUCGGGAUCUGCUGGGCCACUCCGGGUCUGGCUUGGGCCGGCUGCCCGGGCGGUGGUGCGAAGCCGGAAGCAGCCGCGGCCCCAGCUCGGGAGACAUGGCGGGCGUUAAAGCUCUUGUGGCAUUAUCCUUCAGUGGGGCUAUUGGGCUGACUUUUCUUAUGCUGGGAUGUGCCUUAGAGGAUUAUGGCGUUUACUGGCCCUUAUUCGUCCUGAUUUUCCACGCCAUCUCCCCCAUCCCUCAUUUCAUUGCCAAAAGAGUCACAUAUGACUCUGAUGCAACCAGUAGUGCCUGUCGGGAACUGGCAUAUUUCUUCACUACUGGAAUUGUUGUUUCUGCCUUUGGAUUUCCUGUUAUUCUUGCUCGUGUAGCUGUGAUCAAAUGGGGAGCUUGUGGCCUUGUGUUAGCAGGCAAUGCAGUCAUUUUCCUUACAAUUCAAGGGUUUUUCCUUAUAUUUGGAAGAGGAGAUGAUUUUAGCUGGGAGCAGUGGUAGCACUUUAUUCUGAUUACAGUGCAUUGAAUUUCUUAGAACUCAUACUAUAUGUAUACGUGUGCACAUGCUGCAUUUUACUAUGAAAUUUAAUAUGCUGGGUUUUUUAAUAUCUUUAUAUCAUGUUCACUUUAAGGAAGGCUUCCUAAGUAAAAGUUGAGUUUUAUUCUCAGCAAAUAGACCUCUCAAAUUUAGAUUAUGUUACUCAAAUAAUAUUACUUGUUUGGCUGUUCAUCUAGUCAUGGUGCUCUCGAAAAUAUAUUAGCAAAACCUUAUAGACAGCUGCUCCCUUAUACAGUGCAUCUAAACCUUUUGCCUGGGGAUGUGCUUGGAGAGGCAGAUAACACUGAAGCAGCUCUCUAUGGCCCACAAAGGCAGCGGUGGAUCCCUCUUUGUGUUGUAGCCCCAUAUUCUUCAAAGUGUGGCCCACAGACCAAGAGCAUUGACAUUUCCUAGGACCUGAUUAGAAAUGCAGGAUCUGAAGCUCUACUCUGGAUCCAGGACAUUUUGAUGAGAUCCAUAGGAGUUGUAUGCACAUUAAAGUUGGAGAAGCAUCAUUAUAGAGAAGUAAACAUCUAACCCAACUUCCUUACCUUCUCAGUUGCUAAAUCACUUAACCUCUCUGGGUGUUACCUGCUCAUUUGU